AACUUACUUGCAAAGAUCACUGAAUGCUUGUGGAUUCAGCAGUUUUAUCACUUCAUAUUUAUGUCAACGUCUUUCGUAACUACUGCUAUAGAAGCUUUGGGCCGUCUAGGAGAAAAAUUUCCGCAUAUGGUUGUACAGGAUAUUUUGCCAGUACUGACAAAAUUUUUACUGGAACCAUCUCCAAUAUUAGUUAAAUGUGGAAUUAAAGGAACUGUGCCUGAGAACUACAGUGGAAAAUUAUUAGAAAAACGGGAAGAGGCGAAUUCGCGAAGAAAACGUGGGCUUGAUAACUUAAGAAAAGCAACAAUUAGUGCAAUUUGUAAAGCUUUACGGUCCGCUCUCAAAACUGAAAAGGAAUGUGUGCAAGCUUACUUCUACAACGUUUCCACAAAACUUGUUCUUCUGGAGGCUGAUUCGUGUACUUGUUCAUCUGAAUUGGUCCUCGAGAAUGUGAUUUUGAUUUUAGGAGGCGUCGGAGUUGAAAUGGUUGAUGUGGCUGAUAUCGCCCAAUUGGUUUUUAAUGUCUUUCAUGAAAGGUUGUUCAAAAAACCUACUUUAUUUCUCGAUUCUUUGAUUAUUAGUAUGCUUGCCAACAUGUGGACUGCUGGAGCGAGGAAAAUUUAUGAACCUAUUUGGCUGCUUUUCACGAAGAUAACUAUUGCUUCUAGCAAUCGAGAGUACCCCUUACCAAAUGGGGACCAGCCAGGAGAAGAAAAUAGAUAUUCUCACGUUUCGUAUGCUGUAGACAAGGCUUUAAGUCAUAUGGCGGAAGAGAUCCAAGGCGAGGAGGAUAAAAUGUCUUUUUUGUGCAGGCUUCUUGAGCUCUUUGUACAGUUAGGACUUGAAGGAAAAAAAACUAGCGAACGAACAAAUGCGGUUUUCAAGACUUCUGGUGCUGGUAACCUUGGCAUAUUGAUCCCCAAAAUUGCUGCUUUGUUGCGGCGGAUGGAUACGAUCAUGAAUCCCUCAGUAAAGCUGAGAAGUUUAUUCCGAGAUUUUUGGUUUUAUUGUGCUAUUCUUGGUUUCGACGUACCAGAUUCUGGAUUUUGGAUUGAAGAGUGGUAUCAGGGAGUCUGCGUAAUUGCUUGUAAAUCUCCAGUACUGAUACCACAGGAAAGUUUGAGAACUGAACUAACCGCAAUAUUGCAGUCAUUUUUAUUUUUAUUCCAGACUGAGUUACAAGAAAUCAGGAAUACCGUAAUCAAAGAGAUCCAGCCACCAGCAGAUGUAAGCGCACUUAUAAGCAAAAUGGAGUUUGCGCACUGUAUAUACUUAAUUUCUGUUUUUCGAAUGGAAUCAAUGAGAGCUUUGUAUAAAUUUUCAUUUAGAUCGAUAAGGAAGGACAAAAGUGGCAUGUGGGCUUGUUUGUUGUCGUCUGCUAUUGCUGUGUUCUCAAAAUACGUUACAUACUUAAAGAAUGAAUUUCUGCUUGAUGAGAAUUUGGAGAGACGUCUUGAACGUCAUGCUCAGUACUUCUUGGUUAUCUUCAACCACAGUAUCAAAGAGGUUUGUAGACGAUGCGCGGACACUUGCCUAACUAAGUUAAUUAGCAGUUUUCCUCACCUGUUAUGGAAUGGAAAUGUGCUUGGCACGGCUUUAAAACUUCUGGAAGCGUUGUCUUGCAACUUGGAGCAUGAUAUAGAAUGCAGUAUUUCGAGAUUAUCUGUUGCUUCUUUCCCCUGGUCAAUUCAGCUUCAGGAAUCUUACGAUCAAAGAAAGGUGACGGUUAGAGACUUUACGCAACGAUGCGAACAGAUUUUACAGGAAGCUGUUAAAUGGGCACCGGGAAGCACUCGUAGUCAUCUAGUCGAGUACGUCGCAAACUCUCACUCUGUGACUGGCGCCAGCUUUCGCUUGACGAUUGAAUUGUUUUCUGAUCCAUCUCUGUAUCUAAAGUCGCUCCAUUUUCGAUCUCUUUUUAUUGGAGAAAUACGGGGUAUGAUAGAUGCCUAUAAAAUGACAGACCCAAGCAAUUACGAACAAAAAAUAAUCUCUUUGCUUGAGAAGGAGUACGAAUCAGUCUUGAGUCUUGAAAAAGAGGAGGGAAAAUUGCACAGUGUGAUGAAGUUGUCAGCGCUAUUUAUUACUCUUCCGGGUCUAAACAAUCAUUUAUUACAUGUUCUUGCCACUAUUCCUACUCGUGAUUUUUCUGUAUUUAUGAUGCGAAUUUGCGUUAUGUGCUGGAAUUGGAUACUAGUUGCAAGACCGAACGUUCAGUUGCCAUUUCUCAGCGAGAUGGCAAAUGCAUGGACUAAUUUAGUUUAUAGAGGUGUAGGUCUGUUUGAAAGAGACCAACCGCUUGAUUCUCCUUUGAGCACCAAUACGAGUAGUUUUAAGAAACCUUUUAUUCAGUCACACAGCAUCUGGAUAAAUUUCUUGCGGGAACGUAUGAUUGUUGCGAAGUAUUCAAGUAAGGAACAGAUGGAUGUGUUAGAAAUGAUGUUUGCAAGAACCCUUUCUUUUUCGAUAGGAGAGAGGUUGUGCAAUAUCGGGACUCCGCGAUGUAUUUUUUUGCUUUUGAUAUUAAUCGACCUCUUCUUAUUUGUAGUUGUAAUGACACGAUCCAUAGAAGCAGUUGGAGUCAGGUUUCGUUUGUUAAACUGUGUCUUGUCUAUGAUUCAGGACGAUUCCUUGUCAAUUCGCGUAUCCAAAAAUGUUAUUCGUGAACGCAUUUAUGCAGCCGCUCUGGACUAUUUCACGAUUCCCCCUCAAACACCGACACAAAACGCAAUUCAGUUAAAAAACGACAUUGAUCAGCUUGAAGCAUUUCGUGUAACAUUGUAUGCUGAUUUCCGUCACAUUAAACGGGAGAUAUCUGCACUGUUCACAUUUGAUUCAGGAAUUAAUCGUCGGACUAAAAUUGAUAUCGAUCGACAGGUCAAGAUAUACAAUAAAAAGAGAAAUCUUAUUCUAACAUUUGCGAACGAAGUUGGAAGACUGAGUGUUUGGUUAAAUCCGCUUGGAGAAACAGCUGACUCACCUGAAUCAAAAGCAGAAGAAUGGCGUAAGAACAAUUUUUCUGACCCGCGUGCAGAAGCAAAAUUAAUGAAAGAAUAUGUAAAAUUAGCUUGGGAGCUCAGCCCGGAUUUAGCUGUUCAUAUGCCGGCAAGGUUUCGUACCGUUACCGACUGUCGUAAUACCGUACAUGACUUGAUUAUUAACAACCCAGAGGUAGUUUCACAUAUUCCAGAGGCCCUUCCAUUAUUACUCGCUGACGACAAAGUAAUGGAGGAGAAAAACGAGGACCUCAAAUGUUUAAGUCAUGUUUUAACUUGGGCACGGUGUACUCCAGUGAUGGCUCUUUCUCUUCUCGGAGCUAGAACGUAUCCGACUCAUCCAAUAACGGUGCAGUAUGCUGUAAGAGUUUUAAAGUCUUAUCCUUCAGACGUCCUAUUACAGUACAUUCCUCAAAUGGUUCAGGCAAUUCGUCAUGACACGAUGGGUUACGUUGCUGAACUUCUGGUUUGGCUAGCAGGACAUUCGCAAUUAUUGGCUCAUCAGUUAUUGUGGAAUAUGCAGACAAAUUUGUAUCGGGACGAAGAUGCGAGAAUUGAGGAUCCCGAGCUGUUUGAGCCUUUAAAAGACGUUAUUAACAAGAUAAUUUCUCAAUUGGAAGGUGCGGCUCGACGGUUUUAUGAUGCUGAAUUUGACCUGUUCAAACGUAUAACUGACAUUUCGGGUAUAAUUAAACCUUACCCAAAAGGUGAUGCCAGAAAGAAAGCGUGUCUGGAAGCGUUAUCAAAAAUCAAGAUUACAUCGCUUACUUAUUUGCCAUCUAAUCCUGAAGCCGUUGUUAUUGAUAUCGAUUAUAAAAGUGGAAAUCCCAUGCAGAGUGCUGCGAAAGCUCCAUUUUUGGCCCGAUUUAAAGUUUGUCAGUGCGGAGUUAAGAAGCUGGAGGAUAUAAGUUUAACUGCUCACAGUGGUGAACAGCCACCCGAAGACCAAUUGUGCAGACUCAGUCGUUCUGAAAAUCCAAAUGUUUGCUGGCAAGCUGCUAUUUUCAAGGUUGGUGACGAUGUACGUCAGGAUAUGCUUGCCCUACAGCUAAUGCGAAUCAUGAAGAAUGUUUUUACUGCAGUAGGUUUGGACGUGAGGCUUUUUCCUUAUCGUGUAGUUGCUACAUCUCCUGGUUGUGGAGUGAUUGAGUGUGUGCCAAAGGCAAAGUCUCGAGAUCAGCUGGGAAGGCAAACAGAUUUUGGUUUGUACGAGUAUUACCUCGCUACUUAUGGUGAAGAAAAUAGCGAGACAAUGCGUAGAGCGCGUCGUAACUUUAUACACAGUAUGGCAGCAUACAGUGUUUUUAGUUUUUUGCUUCAAAUUAAGGACCGACAUAAUGGCAAUAUCAUGAUUGAUGCUGAUGGCCACAUUGUCCAUAUUGACUUUGGGUUUAUGUUUGAAAGUAGUCCCGGUGGUAAUCUAGGGUUUGAACCAGACUUCAAACUAUCCUCAGAAAUGGUAGCUAUUAUGGGAGGUAAAAUGGAAGCUGCUCCUUUCCGGAAGUUUGCUUCUCUAUGUAUCCAGGCUUACCUUGCUCUAAGACCUUACCAGGAUUCGUUUAUUGCUUUGGUGUCUUUGAUGUUGGACACUCGUCUUCCAUGUUUCCGAGGAAAGACCAUUCAGCAAUUUCGUGACCGAUUUGCGCCAAAUGCGUCCGACCGUGAUGCAGCGAAAUACAUGAUGCAAAUUAUUCGAAACUGCUUUCUAAAUAUUAGAAGUAAAAUGUAUGACCACAUUCAAUAUUUUCAAAAUGAUAUACCUUACUAG